AUGGCUGGUCCCCUCGACAGGCACUUGGAUGAAGGUCAAGUGGCCUUUAUCCCUCUCGAAGACCUAGGUAAGACGGGCAACUUUGAGGUGGUGGCGUGGCCCAACGGUCACGGCGUCGAACCGUCGGUGCUGCUCCAUGCCAAAAACGGCCGUGGCCAAGGCCAUGUUGACUCGGAAAAGAAAGUUCAAGAGAUUGUGCGCCAGCUCAAGGAGCUUCUCGCGUAG